AUGGAAGUACCAAUCAUCUUUCCGUCACGCACGUUAGAAACGCGAUCUAGGAGACGGUGCCUUACCAGCCCUUUCUCAGUGCGAGCGCUGGAAACGAUGAAGUUGUCAGCUCCAGCGGCAAUUUCAACAUCACGCAGAUUGACGGGAGCAAGUGCACCGGCCAGUGUCGGCCGUGGAGACGAGCCCACUACCCGUUUGGAGAACGACGACAGCUACUUUGCCGGCGGCGACCGGUGCACCACGUAUUCGGCUACUCCUCAAUACAUCACCUCGACUUCACGGGUCUUCGACCCGUCCCAGGAAAGCACGGCCUACGCAAACUUUGAUUUCCGCGACCCUCGCGCGGUGACCCUGAGAUAUGCGGCGAUGGGUAUCGCCGAAACUUGUUCUUGGAGGCCACCGAAGGCGGUUACAUGA